AGUCGAGUUCUACGUUGUGUGGACUCUGCGCGAGCCGCCCCGCCAGCUGAGCAGCAAUUGUCAUCGGAAAUGCUUCCAGACUCGCUUGCCACUUCCAUUGCCAAAACAGUUUGUGAUCUUCGGGUUGGGUGAUUGGAGCCAUUAUUCGCAGAAAGCUACCAUUACUGUGGAUGUACUAAUAAAUCCAGAUAUUAAGCCACAAAGAAUUGGCAAGCUGGGAUCCGAAGCAAGAUGUUUGGUUUGGGAAGGUGACUGGAGAGUUGACAUUCUCAUGGCUUCAUUUAAGCAGGCAGAGAAUGGCAAUCCUAUUAAACUUCUGCUGACUGUCAAGGAAGAGUUUUCUGAUGGGCAGGAUAGAAAUCAGAGUUCAGCAAUGUGCCAUAAAGAAGCUGUGCCUGAGAAGAACUACUCUCCACCAAUGGAAAAGCUACUGAUGCUACCUGCUCCUACAGAGCUGCAGGCUAAGAAGAUAAAUUGUCUACCUCACCCUACUCAAUUAAAUAAAACCAGAAGGACUCUGUUUGACGUCUCGGCAACCCAUAGACAAGAUGAAUCUGAAGAUUUGGAGGUUAAAGAGUUGCAAGCAUGUCCGAGUGCUCGAUGGUGUCAUGCUAUGUGCCUGUGUGACACAGAUACAGCAGUUUUGAUUGGCGGUGAAGGAUCUAAUCAACAAUUCUGCAAAGAUGUACUCUGGAAACUGGAGAUUGAUAAUGACUUUUGGUUCCCUAUGGAUUUCCCAACACAAAAUUCCAUACCACAGUGUUCCCGAGGUCACAGUGCCACCUAUGACCCAGACACCAAACGCAUCUACAUAUUUGGGGGCAUAAAAGAGGGGAGACGCUACAAUAGCAUCUAUGUUUUGGAUACAACAUCUUGGAAAUGGCUUCAUGUUUUUGCUAAAGGGAAAGUGCCCACUCUGGCCUUUCACAGUGCAACUGUCUAUCGCAAGGAAGUAUUUGUCUUUGGAGGAGCUUUCUCUAAAAUGUUGUCCUUGGAGAGGGGCGCCUGCAGUAAUGCGCUUUUUAUUUUCAACCCUGACUAUGAGAUUUGGUACCAACCUAGUGUGGAGGGGGAGAAGCCACUGCCAAGGCUGGGUCAUUCAGCUACUUUGUUGAAGAACAAAUUAGUCAUAUUCGGAGGCCAGAGGACUUCUACAUACCUGAAUGAUACACACAUCCUUGAUCUAGGUUUUAUGGAGUAUAAAUCAGUUCCAUCUCUCUCUGGACAGCCUUCCCCUCGCAGUUUCCAUGCUGCUAUCCAAAUCUCUGAUCAAAAAAUGUUGAUAAGUGGUGGCUGUAAUGCCAGAGCAGCUUUCCAGGAUGCAUUUAUCUUCCAUUUAGAUACCUCGACUUGGAGUGCAAUUAAGCAUAGUGAUCUUUGCGCUGUGCCCCGGGCAGGCCACACAUUGCUCAAUUUAACUUGCACUAACCUGACAAACACGGAUAAGAAGAAUCAGAGCAAACACAAUAUGUGCACAGUGCUUGUCUUUGGAGGUUCAGACCAUGCUGGAAAGUUCUAUAACAAUACAAACAAAUUCCAGCUUGAUUUUCAAAACUAAAUAAGUGCCUACUAAGAGUCCACCUGAAUUCUUUUGACUCCAUGGCAAGAUCAAGACCCAGAAGAACAGAAACAACUGGACAUCAGAAUAAUAAAAAUGAAUUGAUAACUAUGUCAAAAAGCACAGGGCUGUUGAGGCUUUACCAGAGAUUGCUUUAAGGUUUGAUUUCUUAGAUCAGCGUUUCUCAAACUUUAAAAUAUGUGGGCUGGGACCAGAACUUCUGAGAGCUGAAAUUCAUACAUUAAGGUUACCAAGUCCGAGAAACUCUGUCUUAGAUCUUACUCUAGAUUUAAAGUGUGUCACAAAGAUGUCAGCCCCUGUCUUUAUUUUUAACAUGAAUAGAUGUGAGGGAGGUAGACACUUCUCAUUUUGCUGUCAUUAUCUCAGCUAUUUCUGUUUUUAACCCCUACAACUUUAUCUGUGAUGGCAGUUAAUAUCUUAGCUGAAUUCAGUAGCUCAGCAUCUUCACAUUUUAGCUUAUCAGCAGUUGAGAGGGCAAAGAAGGAGAGGGAACACCACCAAAAUAAGUAGUUUGGAGGCGGCUUAGUGCUUCUGUGGAAAGAUUGAUCAAUGAUAUUUUAAUAUUGCUGUGAAAUAUAUUGGUCCGGAUUUCCCAAUGUGUUUUACACAUUUGGUUUGUUCCUGUUCUCUCCUCCUCCUAACCCAUUUUGUUUCUUUUUUCUUCAUGCCUCAGAUAAAAGUUGUUUACAUUUUGCCAAAUCUAAUAAAGCAAGCAUAAGUAUUUCAA